CCAAGCGGCUUCCGGUUUGGGGAGACGGGCAGGGCGGCGCGGCUGGUCAUGGUGCCAAGCAAGUGCAGGCCUUCCCUGGGGAGCAGGCCCGGGCACGGCGUCGCGGCUAACAAUUAUGGAUUGCAGCUGGUUCUCCAAAACGCAUCGUCAGCCGAAAGGACAAAGCCGCUUGAGUUUAGGCUAAACAAAGAGCAACCAUAUCUUCACAACAGGUUCUUGCAGCAUGAUCACGAGAAGAACUAUGCAGGGAAACUAGGCGAUGGAAGGUUAAGCCCCUUGUCGCGGAAUAAAAAGCUGUAUGUUCCCGUAUCGACCAAUUAUGCCGAUAUCCCCAGCCUCGAGAUGAAAUGUGGUUCAGGAUCCUUCUCAGCAUUUGGUGACUGCUCUUUUCCUUCCCCUUCGAAAUACAAAAUCCAGCAGAGCUGCCAUAGCCCAAGUGCAAAUAUCUCAGAUAAUAUCAGUUAUGGGAACACUGCUUUUCCACUGGUCAAUCGGACUGCAGAGGAGAAAACGCAGCACUCGGAUCGGUUGACCCUUGAAAGGCAGAAGCUGACACUUUGCCCCAUUAUUGAUGGAGAGGAGCACCUCCGCCUCCUGAGCUUCCAACACAACUGCAUCACUCGGAUCCAGAACAUUUCUAACCUGCAGCAUCUUGUCUUCUUGGAUUUGUAUGAUAACCAGAUAGAGGAAAUUAGCGGCCUUUCCACUUUAAGAUUGCUCCGUGUCCUUUUGUUGGGAAAUAACAGAAUAAGGAGAAUAUCAAACUUGGAUAAUCUGGUCAGCCUUGAUGUCUUGGACCUCCAUGGAAAUCAGAUUUCUGUUGUCGAAAAUCUCAACCACUUGAAUGACCUCAGAGUGCUGAAUCUCGCCCGGAAUUGCUUAACAUACAUUGAAAACCUCAGUGGACUGGAUUCCUUAAUCGAACUCAAUCUUCGAUACAAUCAGAUCAGAUCAGUGAAAGAUGUGGACACUUUGCCCUCCCUCCAGCGCCUGUUCCUCAGCUUUAAUGAUAUCUCUCGUUUCGAUGACGUUCUGUGCCUUGAGGAUUCCACAUCCCUUUCAGAGAUCACCUUAGAUGGCAACCCCAUAGCGCUGGAGACAUGGUACAAGCCAACCGUUCUCCACCAUAUGAUGCAGCUCCGACAGCUAGAUAUGAAGAAAAUCACGGUGAGAAACAACAAAUUCCUCACCAGAGGAAUUUGCAAUGAAAUCCAGUUCUGUGGGCAUCAGCAGGCAGUUCCUUGUGCCGUCUCUCUCUUUUCCUCCCACUCCUGUAUUGCCGUGACUCAGAAAGCAGCUGGCUAG